GAUCAUAGUAUUGUUUUGUUUGCAUUUGCACUUUUAUAGUUGAUUUGUAGUUCAUAUUCUAACAUUUACAACCCCAUUCUAUGUUUUCUUCCCUUAUUUUUACCCAGGAACUUGGUUUCGAUUAUUUGCGCGAUAAUCUUUCUGCAAGCAGGGACCAGCUUGUGAUGAGAUGGCCAAAACCCUUCCAUUUUGCAAUACUUGAUGAAGUUGAUUCUGUACUCAUUGAUGAAGGCCGAAAUCCUUUGCUGAUAAGUGGUGAGGCAAGUAAAGAGGCUGCACGAUAUCCAGUUGCCGCUAGAGUAGCCGAGUUGCUGACACGAGUCCUACAUUACAAAGUUGAGCUUAAGGAUAAUUCAGUGGAACUUACUGAGGAAGGAAUAGUACUGGCUGAGAUGGCUUUAGAAACAAAUGACUUAUGGGAUGAGAAUGAUCCUUGGGCUUGGUUUGUUUUGAAUGCCUUAAAAGCGAAAGAGUUCUACCGGCGAGAUGUACAAUAUAUGGUUCGAAAUGGAAAAGCUCUUAUAAUCAAUGAGUUGACUGGUAGAGUAGAAGAAAAAAGGCGAUGGUCUGAGGGUAUCCAUCAGGCUGUGGAGGCCAAAGAAGGGCUGAAGAUCCAGGCUGAUUCUGUUGUUGUGGCCCAAAUUACUUACCAAUCACUAUUCAAACUAUAUCCCAAGCUUUCAGGGAUGACUGGGACUGCUAAAACUGAGGAAAAAGAAUUCUUGAAGAUGUUUCAAAUGCCAGUAAUUGAAGUGCCCACAAAUAUGUCAAACAUUCGCCAAGACUUACCUAUUCAGGCAUUUGCAACUGCUAGAGGGAAAUGGGAAUAUGUCCGUGCAGAAAUUGAGUAUAUGUUUAAGCUCGGCCGGCCGGUAUUGGUUGGGACUACGAGUGUUGAGAAUUCUGAAUAUCUGUCUGAUUUGCUGAGGGAAACAAAUAUCCCCCACAAUGUCCUUAAUGCACGCCCCAAGUAUGCUGCUAGAGAAACAGAGAUUGUAGCGCAGGCGGGUCGAAAAAAUGCGAUUACUUUAUCAACAAAUAUGGCUGACAGGGGCACUGACAGUAUCUUAGGAGGAAAUCCAAAGAUGCUAGCUAAAGAAAUUUUGGAGGACAGUUUGCUUUCAUUUCUUACGCAAAAUGUUCCUGAUGUUGAUAUUGAUUCAGGGACUUCCAAAAAGGUCUUAUCCAAGGUAAAUGUUGGGCCAUCAUCAUUGGGCUUGCUAGCUAAGACUGCUAUUCUGUCUAAAUAUGUAAGUAAAAAUGAGAGUAAGAGCUGGACUUAUGACGAGGCAAGAAAUAUGAUUUCAGAGUCUAUCGAAAUGAGCCAGUCAGUGGAAUCGACAGAGUUGCAGAAGCUUAUUGAUGAGCAGACUGAGAUGUACCCUCUUGGCCCAUCUAUAGCUCUUGCUUAUUUGUCAGUUCUUAAGGAUUGUGAAUCUCACUGUUCUAAUGAAGGGUUAGAGGUGAAAAGUCUUGGAGGUCUUCAUGUGAUUGGAACUUCUUUACAUGAGUCUAGGAGGAUUGACAAUCAGCUCCGAGGCAGGGCAGGAAGGCAAGGGGAUCCUGGAUCAACACGGUUUAUGGUGAGCUUGCAGGAUGAGAUGUUUCAGAAGUUCAAUUUUGAUACUGAGUGGGCAAUAAAACUUAUAUCUAGAAUUACAAAUGACGAGGAUAUCCCAAUAGAGGGUAAUGCAAUCGUGAAACAGCUUAUGUCCCUGCAAAUUAAUGCGGAAAAAUACUUCUUUGGCAUAAGAAAAAGUCUCGUUGAGUUCGAUGAAGUAUUCGAGGUAUCAUCAUCUAAC